UCACUGCAUAUCGAAGUGGGUUUCCACAGGCGUAUACUCUUGUUUUCUCUGUUGCAAUAAACACUUAUUUUGUUCUCCGACUGUGGAGCGUGCGACACCAGACGCCCCGCAGGACUCGCUUUGUAAAGAAUGCCAGUGUGGAAUAUCGUUCAUCGGAUUACGAGCCGCUGAACUGGCGACACUGCAUCUGUUAGCAGAACUUGCUAACUAAGAAGCUAAGGCUAGCGGGUUAGCAUAGCUCGCCAACAGUGUCAACUGCCCGAGGCUCUGAUGAUGGGAUCCUGAACAUGUAAAGGUCGAAGAAAAGAGUUCCUAUUUGGAUCAUUACAAACACAAUCCUACUAAGUCCUUUUACCCUGAUUCAAACAUCUAUUCCCCAAAAAGCUGCACAACCAAUCCCUCUCCAGUUUUCUUCGCCCGUAAACCAUGUGAGGACCCCUCGGUCCAGUCUGAGGGGAUCCCAGGACUGCUGCAAACACGACCCCGCUGUGCGGGGAAAGACUGAUUCUGUUUGAAGCAGGAGACUAUUUUUUCCUUUGUUUUUUCCCCCUGUCACACAUUCCUGUUCUCCUUCAUAAGGAGACAAGCCAUGAUGUUCCGAGACCAGGUGGGAAUCCUGACAGAUUGGUUCAAGGGCUGGAACGAGUGUGAACAGACGGUGGCACUGUUGUCCCUCCUGAAGAGAGUGUCCCGCACCCAAGCUCGCUUUUUACACAUUUGCCUUGAACACUGGCUGGCAGACUGCACAGAGAUUCACAUCCUUGAAGCUGAAGCCAACAAUGCAGCAAUCGUCAACCAGUGGCACCAGGAACCGAAGGAAAAAGUGGUGUCCCUGUUACUGUCUCACCUGCCGCUGCUGCAGCCACGCAACAGCGAGGCCAAGUGCGAGUACAUGAAGCUGUUGCAGAAGGUGUUGAGUCACACCAUCGAGAGCAGCUUGUUUGUGGAAGAGAGCCGGCAGCUGCUGUCCUACGCACUCAUCCACCCCGCAACCACUCUGGAUGACCGCACGUCUUUGGCCAUGUGGCUGAACCACCUGGAGGAGCACCUCUCCAGUGGCUACGUGUCCUCUCGAGUACCUUCCAGCCCCUACCACCCCCGCCAGGGCUCUGACGAAUGGCCUAGUUCUGCAGAGGCUCUGGAGCCUGGCCACGCCUGGCAGGAGAAGUCCCCCUCUUCCACCGCGUCACCUCCUGGUCAGAAUGGACACUUGACCUUUCCAGGCGGCUUGUCUUCUCCGAUUAACAGUAACACAGGUGUGGGUGGGCAGAUGCAGCCCAGCCCCCUGAAGAAGUCCAUCUCUGGAAUUCCCUCCAGUCCUCAGGCCUGUGGCUCUGAAUGGGCCGGCCAGGACGAUGCAGGGAACCGACAGAGCUUCAUCCCAACAGACCACGCACCCCUCUCCCCGCAAAGCAGCGUGGCCUCCUCGGGCAGCGAGCAGACAGAGGAGCAGGGCUCCACACGAAACACGUUCCAGGAGGAUGGCAGUGGCAUGAAAGAUGUUCCUGCAUGGUUGAAAAGCCUCCGCCUUCAUAAAUAUGCGUCACUUUUCUCCCAGAUGACCUACGAGGAGAUGAUGAUCCUCACAGAACAGCACUUGGAGUCGCAGAAUGUGACGAAAGGAGCGCGGCACAAGAUCGCACUGAGUAUACAGAAGCUGCGAGAGAGGCAGAGUGUGCUCAAGUCUUUGGAAAAGGACAUUUUGGAAGGAGGAAACCUGCGCAACGCCCUGCAGGAACUGCAGCAAAUCAUCAUUACGCCCAUCAAGGCCUACAGCACGCUGACUUCAAUACUGACAGCACGGGAAACUACCUCCUGCCCGUCAGAGGCUACAAAAUCCGGAGUGGACAAAGAUUCUGCGACGGAAAGUUUCCACUCGCAUAACCCACCUGCCUGUGAUGGCGACUCCUCGGCAACGCCCAUCUCAGAAGGAGACAUUGCUGGACAGUUCACCCGAGUCAUGGGGAAAGUGUGCACCCAGCUGCUGGUGUCACGACCAGAUGAGGAGAAUAUCAGCUGCUACCUGCAGCUCAUUGAAAAGUGUCUCACGCAUGAGGCGUUUACAGAAACUCAUAAGAAAAGGUUGGUUUCCUGGAAGCAGCAAGUCCUCAAACUGCUUCGCCUGUUCCCACGGAAAGCUAUGUUGGAGAUGCCUGUGUACAGACAGAAAGGCUGGGCCUACGGAUCCAACUCCCUCCCAACAGCAGGCUCUGUGAGCGGGGGUGUGGGCCGACGGGGCCAAAGGCAGUUCCAGAUGACCCCUCGUGGACUGGCAGCUGGUCGCAUGGGGCUCUUGAGUCCUGGUGGGAUUGGAGGCGUAUCUCCCCGCCACACUCUUACGAAUCCUUCACUGGCUGGCCAGGGCAGACAAAACCUGUGGUUUGCCAACCCUGGAGGCAGUAACAGCAUGCCAAGUCAGAGUCGCAGCUCAGUGCAGCGGACACACUCACUCCCUGUCCACACGUCGCCACACACCAUGCUCAUGUUCCAGCAGCAAGAAUGCCAAGUGCCAGGUGCCGACCUGGAGAUCAACCCCACGCUGGAGUCACUGUGCCUCAGUAUGACGGAGCACGCCUUAGGGGAUGGAACUGACCGAACAUCCACAAUAUGAAAGGAGUCUUGAAAUCCACUUGAGUUAAAGCCUGUCCAGCUCCUUGUCACCCAGCACAAAGAUAUAUGUAUAAUCAAGAGAACCAAGCAAACAGUCACUACUAAAUGACAGAAAAACUGUGUAUAUGUUCUCUAAUAUUUUUGUACUUUAUUAUAUACGACUAAGUUUAUUAAAAAAUAAUUAAUGGAAUACAGAUAUUAUAUUGCAGGGCAGAGGAAGUGCGUGAACCGCUCUGUCACCUGCAGGACUGUGACAUAGCAUGCAGAGUCACGUUGACCGGCUUCUGAGAGCGACAGAGUGGUGCUGUCCUACUGGGGCUCCGCCUCGCGACUUCAUCGGUUCCUCCUGCGACAGAUGCGUGUGUAGUUUGGGAGCCAGUUCCAGCCAGGAGUAAGGCACUUUUCUUAAAUUAUAUUUGAUAUUAGGCACUAAAGUAUAAUUUGGGGUACACUCACUGAAGAGGUGAGCGAGGCGUUGAUAUAUAGAUUUUCCUGUGACCAGUGCUAGUGAGGACGUUGAAGUGGGACAGCUUUCCUUUGUCCUGCGGUGAUGAUGGCGAUUGAGGUUUAGCUCAGCGUUCGUCUUGGUUGUUACAUAGUCGGAGUGACUGUCCUCUCUACAAAGCCAAAGAGAAGAGUUGUGCGAUCCCUAAAUCGAGAGGGACGUUCGUAGUGAAACGGUGUGUUUCUCCUUCCCCCUUAAAGCAACGGCUGUGAUUUGUCUUUUGUUUUACGCCCUCAAUGAUGAUGAAUCGUCCUUUGCGCCGAGGAUCCCCAAAGGGCCGGUGUGGCUGCGUCGAACUGAGGAGUGACAGGGGACUUGUUCGUUCGCACGCCACCGCCCUUCUCCUCGCGCGGCCAAAGCGGCAAUUUGAUGAAUCAUUCUUUUUAAGGUGCUUGAAAAUGCCCCACUCUUUUCUGUUUCGUCGUAUUGUUUCACCCGACGGUAUCAGUGUUUGGAUCCAAAAACUGUCUUAUUCAGCCUCUGUCUUUGAAUGUGGCAGAGCGGAGGUGCAUGUUUGUGUAUUAUGGUCUUAACUUUUCGCUCACUCUUGGUUGCAUCAUAAAGGCAGGGAUUCAUAUUUGGUUUCAGCAUAGCCAUAUGAGGUCUGUAUAGUCCAGAUGGUUAUUUACAGAUGAUCUUUUUCAAUGGUAUUUUUUACUCUCCCUUGAUAUUGAUGCUUAUUUUCUAUAAUCGCAUGUUGUUGCCACACUAAUACAGCACUGUUGUAGAUAGAGGACAUGGUGGUGGAUGGGCUCCAUUGUCACCAAAACACACAGAGAGAGCGAGCGUUAAAUCUUGCAACUAAUGUUUAUAACGCCUAUAUGUCACUGUUUACAUCUUUUUGGGAUGAUACCCAGCUCAUGUUAUGUGAUGUCAUAAGUAACCCAUUGUAUCACUAUGUAACACGUUGAAGAACUGAAGCCACCGCACACAGGAGCUGGCUGGAAAGCUUGAAAUGGAAAGCCCCCCCCCCUCCAAAAAAAAAAAAAAGAGAAGGCUUUUAACUGGCUCUUCCAGCCUUGUGAUUGGCUCCCAGAGACGUUUCAUGUGGUGCCUGAAAUGUCGAGCCCUCAAUAUCUUAAUUUUAAGAUCUUGAGUAGUAUUCUAGUCAUGGAUUCCUUCAGAGCAGGCUCUUGGAUUUUUUUGACUUAGGAAACAGACACCACAUUCAUACCCAUAAACCUCAUUGCUGACAUUGUGUAAAAACGUUGCUACCUUGAAACGGUCAUUGACUUUACUGUUUAUCAGCUGUUGUUACAUGGCUCAGAUCGCUCUUCUCAUGGCCUCUGCUCACUUUGACAGUGCAGAUGUAGGGAGCAGCAGCAGCAGAGGAUGAUGAUGCUUAUCUGAGCCACCAAUUCAAGUCAUGAGUAAACUGAACACUAAUAACAGGCCAAGGAAUACGUUUACUCCAUGUUUACAUUCCAAUGGUGCACGAAAUGAGUCAGGGGUAAAAUGCACUUCAUGAGGUCAGCCUGGUGUAUUUUUGUACACGUGAAGCAUCCGGUCGGAGGUACCAAGUCGCCUGGACCUGAGGUCUUGUCAAUGUCCCUGCCAAGCUUGAGUCAUGAUUUAACACACUUGGCUGUCGGCGUCUCUGUCUUUUUCAGUCGAUAUUCAUCUCGGAUGACUUUCCAGGUAUAUUUUAUAAACCUUUCGCAUCUCAUGCUCAGCUGCAUUUUUUUACCGUCUCAUUUGUGUGUGUGAAUGGUCUGAAAUGCAGCAUCUGUUGGAUCGUUGUCAGUUCAAAUAAAGAGG